CAAUGAGAAAAAACACCAACAAAAUACACUUGCAUUUUCACAUCAAGAAACAACAACACUCACUGCAUUGUCCAUUAAGUUCGAUCAUGGAUAGAGUGGCUAAGAUCUCUUCACAGAGGGCGGUGGUGAUAUUCAGCAAGAGCACGUGCUGUAUGUGCCACGCCAUCAAGAGACUAUUCUACGAGCAAGGCGUGAGCCCUCUGAUCCACGAGCUCGAUGAGGACUCAAGAGGGAAGGAAUUGGAGUCGGCCUUGAUGAAGCUCGGGUGCAGCCCUGCUGCACCUGCAGUGUUCAUUGGGGGCAAGCUCGUUGGCUCUGCAAACACCGUGAUGACUCUGCAGCUCAAUGGCUCACUCAAGAUGAUGCUCAAAGAUGCAGGGGCCUUAUGGCUAUAGAAAUCACUCAACAACAUGAACAUCAAAGGGCUGUGAUUUUUAAUAAGGCCAAAUCCAGCUCUACUCAUCUUGUAUAGUUCCUUUUCUUUUUUUAGCUAGGCGCCGCGGAUUUUGUAAGGGCACUGUCUGAAGGGUGUACAUAGACUUUCUCUGAUCUAAAUAUACAAGUUUGAAGCUCAUAAACUGCUGCUACAAUCUACAAUUAGUUAACUAUAUCAUCAAACUUUGUUUAACUAUAUAACUCUUCAUCUUUAAUCCUUGCUCAUUCUUUUCAUUGAACAUUGAUCAUCAACACAUGAGAUCCUUACAAGCACAUGAAGAAUUGCAAGCAAAUGGUGGAAGCAUGAUUACAGUGGAAGUGAGUGUGGAUAUAUUCUUUGUUCAGACACCAAAACCAGACUGAAAUGACAUAUAGACUUUUGCAUAUUCUCUCUGCAUUAAGUGCUGUCCAAAUGCAGUGGUGUGGCCUUUCAAAAUUCUUAGAGGGAGUAUUUAUUAUGGAUAAUAUUUUUUAAUCAUUUUGUAUUCAACAGUUUCUGCCCUUUUGAUUUUGAUUCUCUCAAUAAAGAAAUGGUGAUUACUCAAA